GUGUGUACGCGUGCGCGUGUCUUUGGGAAUUCACCUGGUUGACGUCACACAUUCACUCCUUUGCAACGCGCGCUGCCAUAGAGCCGCAGUAAAGAGCCAGACGCCGAGAGCCAGACAGCUUGAAUUAAUAGCAGCAGACUUGAACACUUCCUUAAGCACUAUUGAACAUUUUGAAGUCAAACCUGCGAGGAAACCGUGGUAAACCCGGUAAAACCUCGCGACAAACAAGACACCAUUCAGCUCAGCGGAAGAGAGGCUUAGGUGAGUGGUCACCAUGGCACCCUUCCUGCGUAUCACCUUCAAUGCUUAUGACGUUGGCGUUCUGCCUCCUCUGUCUGAUCCUCCCAUCUGCGCCAUCAAGAUGAAGGAGUCCGUCAACACAGAGCGAGGAAAGACCUUGGUCCAGAGGAAGCCCACCAUGUAUCCAGCCUGGAAGUCCGCUUUUGAUGCUCACAUUUACGAGGGGCGUGUCAUAGAAGUGGUCCUCAUGCAAAGCGCUGAGGAGCCAUUGGCCAAGGCCACAGUGGGCGUGUCUGUACUGGCAGAACGCUGUAAGAAGUCCAAGACCAGCAACCGUGCUGAGUUCUGGUUGGACAUGCAUCCUUCAGGGAAGGUCCAGAUGGCUGUACAGUUCUUCCUGGAGGACACUGAUGCAGCGUCGUGUCAGCCAUCAGUGAAGGUUUCUCCUGAGGAUGGAGUCACAACCCUCAACAGGAGGAGAGGAGCUUUUAAGCAGCCCAAGGUUCACUUUAUCAAGAACCACGAGUUCACCGCUACUUUCUUCGGCACGCCCACCUUCUGCUCUGUCUGCAGAGAGUUCGUCUGGGGGCUGAACAAGCAAGGUUACAAGUGCAGGCGUAAGUGUUUCAUUAACUGGUCUCUGCAUUUUUGUCACAUAUUUAUCCUUUUGUAUUCUUUACAGUUAACACAAUAUUUAUUUUUGAUUCACCCAGAAUGCAAUGCGGCAAUACACAAGAAAUGCAUCGACAAAAUCAUCGGCAGGUGCACUGGGUCAGCGACCAACAGUCGUGAAACUGUGUUCCAGAAAGAGCGCUUCAAGAUUGAUAUGCCGCAUCGCUUCAAACAAUAUAACUAUAAGAGCCCCACUUUCUGUGACCACUGUGGCAGUCUGCUCUGGGGUCUCUACAAACAGGGCCUUAAAUGUGAAGACUGUGGCAUGAACGUACACAGUUACUGUCAGAAGAAAGUGGCCAAUCUGUGUGGAAUUAACCAGAAACUACUGGCAGAGGCUCUGUCUCAAAUCAGCCAGAAAUCUAUGAAGAAGUCUGAUGACUCCAAUAAAGCAGAUAUUGGGAUCUAUCAAGACAUCAAUAGUGCAACAGCAGACCCUAGUGGUAAGGCCGAUGAGGGCGUGAGCCCAGUCCCAGCCGCAGCUACAGUUCCCCAGGUACGCCUCAGCAUGAACCACCUGGUAUUCCACAAGGUGCUGGGAAAAGGCAGCUUUGGCAAGGUGCUGCUGGCAGAGCUGAAAGGGCAGGGCCAGUACUUUGCUGUGAAGGUUCUGAAGAAGGAUGUCGUUCUUAUGGAAGACGAUGUGGAGUGCACCAUGGUGGAGAAGAGAGUCUUGGCCCUCGCCUGGGAGAACCCCUUCCUCACACACCUCUACUCCACAUUCCAGUCUAGAGAGCACCUCUUCUUUGUAAUGGAGUACCUGAAUGGAGGUGACUUGAUGUUCCACAUCCAAGACAAAGGCCGCUUCGAUCUCAACAGAGCCACAUUCUAUGCUGCUGAGAUAAUCAUAGGACUGCAGUUCCUCCACUCAAAAGGAGUUGUCUACAGAGACCUGAAGCUGGACAAUGUGAUGCUGGACAAGGACGGACACAUAAAGAUAGCAGACUUUGGCAUGUGCAAAGAGCGUAUGUUUGGGGACGCCAGAGCCACCACAUUUUGUGGGACACCAGACUAUAUCGCACCAGAGAUCCUGCUAGGACAGAAGUACACCUUCUCAGUGGACUGGUGGUCUUUUGGUGUGCUGGUGUACGAGAUGCUGAUCGGUCAGUCACCUUUCCAAGGUGACGAUGAGGAUGAGCUGUUUGAGUCCAUCAGGCACGACACCCCUCACUACCCUCGGUGGAUCACCAAGGAGGCCAAGAACCUAAUUGAACUGUUGUUUGAGCGAGAUCCCAGUCGCAGGUUGGGUGUGGUGGGAGACGUCCGUGCCCAUCCAUUCUUCAAAACCAUCAACUGGCCAGCACUGGAGAAAAGAGAACUGGAGCCUCCUUUUAAGCCCAAAGUGAAAUCCCCCAGUGACUGCAGCAACUUUGACCGAGAGUUCCUGAGCGAGAAGCCGCGGCUCUCCCACGCGGACAAGAACCUCAUUGAUUCCAUGGACCAGGCAGCAUUCGCUGGCUUUUCCUUCAUCAACCCCAAACUGGAAAACAUGAUAAGCAAAUGAAAAAAAAAAAAUGGCUUCUCUGGAAACACGCUCAUAGCCCAGCAUUUUGAAAUAGGCUCUUAUCAUGUUCCCUUUAUAUUAUAUUCAUAUGAUCUAAGUUCAACUGAAUGGAUAACAAGAACCUAAAAAGAUUUGGCUGUGACGUCUUUAGUUCCUCGAUCAGAGGAUGAGGGACAAAAGGAAACCAGGAAACAAUAAUCUUGUCUCAGAUGUCAAACUGUUUAGGUGUGUAAAAUAAUAUAAAGCUCCAGGACAGUAAGGGACAUUCUUAUGAAAACAUGGGUUACUAUAAUCAAUGCUGGGGUGGGGUGGGGGUACUCAAUGAUGCUUUAUAUCUUUUCUUUAAUUUUGUCAUUAUCAUGAUGACACCUUGAAUCUAUACGAAUCAUCAAAUGUACUGUACUGAAAAUUUGAAUUCACGUGCACAAACAUGACACCCUUAUUUAGUUAUACAAAUAUACACACCCAAGUCAAGAGAGUUCUGUGGUACACACUAUUCCCUCUCACCCUGUGUGCUUUGCCUACUGCAUGGCUCCUACAACCCCCUACCUGUAUGUGUGUUACCACAUGCAUACAAACGUGUGGGUGUGUGCCGGUAUUUUUUAGAUGCAAAUCGUGCCACUGUAGUUGGAAACAUCAUCCGUUGUUGAAUGAGUCCUCAGUUCUGGCAUC